AUGAUGUUACAACAAAUAAAAAACAAAAAAAAUUAAUUUCCCUCCACACAAUAACCUUAUCUUCAAUUUUCUCUCAUUUCUCUCAUACCAUAAGCAUCACAUUCAAAAAUGUACACACAUUUUUGCUUCUUCCUUUUAAUUCCUUUAAUUUUCUUCACAUUUUUUGUUGCCAUCAAGAUUCAAGAAUGGCUACCAAAGUUGGUUUUAGUAUAACAAGUUCUAGGCUUUUUCAUGCACCUUUUAAAAGACCUGUUUUUUCUGCUGCUUUACCUGCUGUUUCUGCUACACCAAGGUUGGGAUUGAUCCCUUUUGGUGUUAGUAGAAAGUUGUCUGUCAGGAGAAAGUUGUUGAUUCUUUCACCUAAGGCUACUGCUGAUCAGCCAGGUCAGGUCACAGAGGAUGAGGAGGACUCUAAAAUUUUGCAAUACUGUAGUCUUGACAGGAAAGCAAAGAAAUCUAUGGGGGAAAUGGAACAAGAGUUUCUUCAAGCACUACAAUCAUUCUAUUAUGAAGGAAAGGCCAUAAUGUCGAAUGAAGAAUUUGAUAAUCUCAAGGAAGAACUUAUGUGGGAAGGGAGCAGCGUUGUCAUGCUAAGUGCUGAUGAACAAAGAUUUUUGGAAGCUUCUAUGGCUUAUGUAUCUGGGAAUCCAAUUUUGACAGAUGAAGAGUUUGACAAGCUUAAGUUGAAACUUAAGAUGGAUGGCAGCGAAAUUGUGGUUGAGGGUCCACGAUGCAGUCUCCGUAGUAGAAAGGUUUACAGUGAUCUUUAUGUCGAUUAUCUGAGGAUGUUCUUGCUAAAUGUCCCGGCAGCUGUUGUUGCGCUUGGAUUGUUCUUUUUCCUCGAUGAUUUGACUGGAUUUGAGAUUACUUAUCUUUUGGAGCUUCCGGAGCCAUUCAGCUUCAUUUUCACGUGGUUUGCUGCCUUGCCCUUCAUAUUGUGGCUAUCCUUUACAAUUACAAAUGUCAUCAUUAAAGAUUUUCUGAUCUUAAAGGGGCCUUGUCCGAAUUGUGGAACAGAAAACACCUCCUUCUUCGGUACCAUAUUAUCGAUAUCUAGUGGAGGUAAAUCCAACAAAGUGAAAUGCACAAAUUGUGGUACGGAUCUGGUCUACGAUUCAGCCACACGCUUAAUCACACUGCCGGAAGGAAGUACUGCAUGAAAUCUAGGGUGAUGUAUGUGUGAGACAUCUGCAAAGUGAUUGCACUAACACCAGUUUGCAUGGGAAAUAGAUCAUAUCAAUGUGUACAUGAGAGCAAUUUGUAAAAAUAAAAACCAUUUCUUAUGUUAAAAUGGUGGAUGCUUUGCAACUUGCAGUGUGUCAAUAUGUAGUUAAAGUAAUCUAUGUAUAUACCAUAGGGUAAAAUUUUAACAAAUUUUAAGCACAGGGAGACCAUGAAUAUUUUGAUUUAGAUAAUCAAAUGUCCUAAUUUUUCGA